CUGUGAGCGGCCAGCAGGGAGGGAGAGUCUUACAGAGCCAGUGAAAGCUCUGCCAUGCCUUGGGUAUGGUCUGGGAUCCACCCCCAGCCUCAUGGGUGGGGAGCUGGCACGGGGCCUGCAGGCCUCCUGCCUGUCUCCGUCUCGGGGGAGAAGUGGUGUCUCGGGGGCAGAGGCGGGACUUGGGGGAUCCAGGCAGGGGGCCUAGGCAGCUCACUGUCUGCCUGGCCCCAGCAGUCUGCAGAGGUGGCCAGCUGGGGGCUGGCUGCCUGGAGCAGGAGUGCUGCCUGGAGAGCUCUUUUCUGGGCCUCGCUGGUCCUCUAUCCUGUCCCCAGGAAGCCUCUGAGGCCUGGCUCGCAGAGCGGAUCGCUGGAGUGCCAGCAAAGUCCAGGGCAAGGCAGAGCUGUAAAGCGAAGCUCCCAGUACACUGGGGGUCCCGGGGCAGGAGGGACCUGACCUCAUUUGAUCUGGCCCAGGACAGUUCCCUUCCAGAAAGAAGGGGGCACUCACUGAGACCCCUGAGUACAAGUCUGGCCAGAAGAAGGCUGGGUCAGUCUCUGGAUGGCCACAAGGUCUGGCCGACUGGGAAUGGGGACUCCCGGUGGGCAGGCUGAGCUGCAGGUGGGUACCUUCUAGGUGGAGCAUGGCCAUGGCCUCCCGAGGAGUGUCCUGGGACCAUGCCUAGUGAGCACACCGGGCGUGCUAGGCAGGACGGGCCAUGGUGGGGACCGUGGGCUGUGCCCCAGCCCAGCUGCCUGCCCACCUGUCAGGCAGGCCACCUGCGCCUGUGUUCACACGACCAGGGCUUGGACCGCCGCCCAGGAUGGCAGAGGGAAGCGCCAAGCGGCCUGAGCUAGAAACAGAAAGCCCGGCGAGGAAGAGGCCCAGACUCGGGCGGUGAGGAGCUGGGGUGCUGGUCAGGACAGGCCAGGCCCUCCACCCUCCGCAGCUGCAGCCCAGCAGCAGGGCGGCCCGGGGCCCAGGCGGCAGGGCCCGCCCUCGGGAAGGCCGUAGGCCGCACAGCCCUCGGGGAGUCCGGGAGAGCCCAAGGAGAAGGUGACCUUGGCCAGCCCAGCCCAGCCCAGGGCGCACAGGUCAGGGGUGCUGCGGGGCAAGGGCCGAGCCGGGGGCCUUGAGGGGCCGCCGCGAGCUGGCAGUGCCGCCCCUGCUCCCCUCUCUCAGCCGCACAGCCUGCAGAGCCCUUGCUGGAAACACCGAGUGUGUGGGCCAGAAUGCGGGCACAGCCAGCCCCCUCCCCUCCGCCAGGAUCUCCCGGGCAGGGCUUGCCCUCACACAGGGCGGGGCUCCGGGUGGAGCCCGUCUCCGCCGUCUGGCCUUGACGCGCUUCCUGCUUCCUCCUCUCAGGCCAGCGGGAGCACCUGCCGUGUACAGCUGGGCCGCCGGCUCCUCCGAAGGGGAGGCCUUCCUGAAGACACAGUUGCCAGGCCCGCUGUACCCUCGGUGCCCCGGCCGCUUAGAGAGCCUCAGCCCCGGACGCUGGGGGCCGGACCCCGGGACUCUGGACACACACCCGCCCGGGCCCCCUGUGGCCACACCUCCUCGUUAGCACCGACCCCAGAAGGCUGGGGGCGUGGGGAGAGAAGGCCCCCGCCAUGGCUGCUCCUAGACCCCACCUGGUCCCCUAAGGCCUGUUAGGUGAGAGGGGCUUUUAGGGCUCACAGGGGCCUCUGCCCCUUGUCCUGGCCUCCCCUUCCCCUCGGCGAGGUGUCACGGAGCUGCAAUUUCGUCAUCUGGGUCAUUAGCUUCAGACCCUGAACUGAGGCUGGCCGGGUUCAGGACUGCUUCCCACAGGGUGGGCACCCCGACCCCACGAGGGAGGGAGGCCUUGUCCAUUGGGCAGCCGAGGUGCCCAGGCCCUGGGAGGCCGGCUGCAGGCGCCCUCCCUUGCUGCCCUUUCUGCCUGGGACCCGGGCCCCUCAUGGCUGCCCGGGUCUGGUCACAGUGGGGGGCCUCCUGACCCAGCCUUGCCAGGGGCAGAGGACACCGAGCCUUAGAGAGGGGAUGCCCCCCAGGGCGCCAGUCCAGCCAGCUGCCCCGCCUCUCAGGCCCAGCCUGGCCCCCGCGCUUCCCCGUCCGGUGCCCCCAGCAGCCCCCCUGGCAGGCAGCCCCCGCCAUGGCCGAGCACCUGGAGCUGCUGGCAGAGAUGCCCAUGGUGGGCAGGAUGAGCACACAGGAGCGGCUGAAGCACGCCCAGAAGCGACGUGCCCAGCAGGUGAAGAUGUGGGCCCAGGCUGAGAAGGAGGCCCACGGCAGGAGGGGCCCGCGGAAGCAGUCACAGAAGGAGGCGGCCGGCGGCUGGCCACAGAAGCGGGUCCUCUUCACCCCCAGCGUUGCCCUUCUGGAGGCGGCUGCCCGGAACGACCUGGAGGAAGUCCGCCAGUUCCUCGAGAGUGGGGUCAGCCCUGACCUGGCCAAUGAGGACGGCCUGACCGCCCUGCAUCAGAGCUGCAUCGAUGACUUCCGGGAGAUGGUGCAGCAGCUCCUGGAGGCUGGGGCCAAGGUCAAUGCCCGUGACAGUGAGUGCUGGACACCCUUGCAUGCCGCGGCCACCUGUGGCCACCUGCACCUGGUGGAGCUGCUCAUUGCUCGCGGUGCUGACCUCCUGGCAGUCAACACGGAUGGGAACAUGCCCUACGACCUGUGUGAGGACGAGCAGACACUGGACUGCCUGGAGACGGCCAUGGCCAGCCGUGGCAUCACCCAGGACAGCAUCGAGCGGGCCCGGGCCUUGCCCGAGCUGCAUAUGCUGGAGGACGUCCGGAGCCUGCUGCAGGCGGGGGCAGACCUCAAUGCCCCCCGGGACCACGGGGCCACGCUGCUACACAUCGCCGCGGCUAAUGGGUUCGGCGAGGCGGCUGCGCUGCUGCUGGCACACAGGGCCAGCCUGAGCACCAAGGACCGCGACGGCUGGGAGCCACUGCACGCGGCGGCCUACUGGGGCCAGGUGCACCUGGUGGAGCUGCUCGUGGCACACGGGGCUGACCUGAACGGCAAAUCCCUGAUGGACGAGACGCCUCUCGACGUGUGCGGGGACGAGGAGGUGCGGGCCAAGCUGCUGGAGCUGAAACACAAGCACGACGCGCUCCUGCGCGCCCAGGGCCGCCAGCGUUCUCUGCUGCGUCGACGCACCUCUAGCGCCGGCAGCCGGGGGAAGGUGGUGAGGCGGGUGAGCCUGACCCAGCGCACCAGCCUGUACCGCAAGGAGCACGCCCAGGAGGCCAUCGUGUGGCAACAGCCCCCGCCUACCAGCCCGGAGCCGUCUGAGGAGGAUGAGGACCGCCAGACCGAUGCGGAGCUCCGGCGGCCGCCCCCCGAAGAGGAGGACCCAGAGGCGGCCAGGCAGCACAACGGGCGAGUGGGGAGCCCCCCCGGGCGGCACCUGUAUUCCAAGCGGCUGGACCGAAGUGUCUCCUACCAGCUGAGCCCCGUGGAGAGCACCACCCCUGACGCCCUGGUCCAGGCCAAGACCCCCCACACCCUGGCAGAGCUGAAGCGUCAGCGGGCUGCCGCUAAGCUGCAGCGACCCCCGCCUGAGGGGCUCGAGGCCGCUGAGUCUGAACUGCCUGUGGACACCGAGACCCCCCAGCUGGAGUGUGGCCCCGGGGCUGGUGGAGACCCACCCCUGCUCAAACUCACAGCCCCCUCAGAAGAGGCCCGCGUGGAGAAGAGGCCGUGCUGCCUGCUCAUGUGAGGGGCUGGCGCUUGGGGUGCCCAAGGUCCCACUGCCAGGCCCAGGGCCCCUGCUCUGCGUACCGCAACGUGUGUUCCGGGCUAGGCUGCCAGCCUCCUCCUUCCUCGGGGACGGACCUGUGGCAGAAGCUGUACCUGGGAAGCACCUGGCUGCGGAGACCUAGUUUCAUUCUGUGACUCAAUAAAGGGCCGUUCUGCCACCUG